AACCCUAGCAAAAUCUCGGCGGCGACAAGCGGGGGAGAGGACGCGGAGAAGAGAAAAUUACUCUGGGGAGAAGAAGAAGCCAUGGCAGGCAUGCAGGAGAAUUGGAGGCCAAGGCCUGGAAGAGGGACCAAUCCAGGAGGAAGAGGUAACUUCUAUGGCAGAUCUGAGAGCUUUGGGAGAGGAUUUAACAUGCAGGAUGAAAGAGAGCUGGAUGGAUACGGUUGGAGAAACAAAGAGGGGAGCUUCAGAGGGGGGUCAGGGACUAACAGUAGUGGUUCUGGUGGGGAAGGGACUUCCACAGGAAAUGGUAGAGAUGGAGACAACAAGUUUGGCAGGUUUGCACCAGACAUGGGUGGAAAUCAACAAGAGAGGUCUCAGGCUGGGAUGAGUGAGAAUAGACAGGAAAGUGGGUCUGUGGCUAAUAAUACAAAUAUACAACAGAUGGGGAUGCAGGGAGGACCUGUCCAGUUGGCAGGGGGUUUCCCAAUGAUGAGCAACAGUGGUUUUCCUCAGAUUGUGCCAGUGGGGAUGGGGCUUGGGCAGUUUGGUUUCAUGCCACAAGAGCAAAUGGCACAGCAAUAUCAGUUUCUUCUGUCCAAUAUGCCAAAACAGGAAAUCCUGCAGACCCAAGGAGGUGCAAGAAUGGAAGGAUCUAAAGAGACAACAAAAAAGAAGGAAACAGGAAAUCCCAAGCAGCUUUUAUGUGUUAAAUGCAAAGAAUAAGGACACAUAAAAAGUGACUGCAAAAACAAGGUCUUCUAUGUGGUGUGCCAGAGGCCAUCUCACAAUACUGAAGAAUGCACUGUGUUGAAACAGACCAAACCGGUUGCCAAGUAUGUUGGAUAUGGGGCCAGGGGAUUGGGAUGCCUUCUGGUACAAAAUACCAAAGAUAUUGUAGCUACUGAACACAUCAAUCCCAUGGCUUUGGUUACUGUGCAGGAAGGACAGCUAAAUGACACCACUGUGGCCUAUGGUUUCAGCAAAAUGUUUGACUGGGGAUGGACUUGGAGAGCCAAAUUUCAGAGCCCCAAAACUUUCCUUAUGAGAUUCCCUAGUAAGGCCAAGCUGGUGGAGCUGAAGAACUUUGGCAAGUUCACCCUGCUUGGCACACGGGCCAUGGUGGAGGUGGGUUUCUGGAGUCCAGAUGAUAAAGCAAAAGGGAAACUUCACUCAGUUUGGAUCAAGAUAUGUGUGUGUGUGGGGGGGGGGGGGGUACCUGAUACUCUGAGACAUUACCUGGGUGCAUGUGAGAUUGGUUCAGCUUUGGGGCCGGUGGUUGAAGUGGAUAUAGAACAUAUAUAUUCCAAGGAAGAGAUCAGGGUGAAAGUGGGAGUGAGAGACCUACACAAAAUACCUGCUGGCACUGAGAUAACUACUAAAGACCUGCUGCUUUAUGACAUUAGUUUUGAGUUUGAUUCCAUUGCAGAACAGGGGUGGUACAAGUUUGAAGAAGGGAAUAAAAGAAAAAUCUUUGACUAUCUUGACUUGGAAAGUUCUAAAACACAGAGGGAGAAUGAGAUACAGAAAAAGAGCAAGCAAUCUGAAUCUGGGAAGUCAAAUGUCAGUCUGGGGAGCCUGGGGUUGAAACAAUAUGAACAAGUGGUGCUCAAAACAGGAGAUAUGUGCCAAAAAAUGAAAUAACCAAGGAGAAGGUAGAGGCAGGGUUAGCUGGAGAUGUUCAGGGUGAAGAAGAAAGUUUGAGGGCUAGGUUACAGAAAGCAGAGGAACUAGCAGCCAGACAGACUGCACAACUUAUGUUGGAGGAAAAGAAGAGAAAAGAAAUGGAUAUCAUAAGGAAAACCCUGGAAAAGGAGGUCAAAAGACAACAUGAACUAUUGCAAAUAAAUAUGAAAGCAAGUGAAGAGGUGAGGGGGUCACAGUCAGGGGAAAAAACCAUUGAAAGUGAAGAUGAAAAAGAGGACACUGAGGGGGAAGCAGCAGCAGAAGACAAACAUGAAGAGGGGGAGGAAAUGACACACUUGGAGUUGAUUGAACAGGCUGUGGGGCUGGGCUAUAUGGAGCCUGUGGACUAUACUGCUAGUCAGGAGACUGACUCCUUUGAAACAAAAAUCAAGAAGGCUGGGAAAGGGGAUCUGGAAUCCCAAGAGGAAGAAGAACUGAGGAGAUGCUCUAGACUGAAAGGCAAGGAAGACAAAAAGAUCACUGAACUGGCUAAAGAGAGAGUGGCUCAGAAGAACAACUAUGAUAAACCUUGUAAGAAGUAAGAUGAUGGAGGCUGGAGUGAAACAAGUAAGCGAGGUGGCGGAAGAAGUGUUCAAAGCAGCUCAUGGAUGGCGCCUGAAGACUGGGAGAAUUCUAGGGUGAUGCUAAUCUACUUCAGGACAAGUUUGUUGCUGCGAUGAACAACUGCUUCGACUGCAAUCUAGCUUGCUUCCUUCUGUUCUUCAGUCAGCCUCUGAUCUUUUGAUGAUGAUAAGACUUUAA